CAUCGCCAGGUGUGUAUAAAAGGAUGCUGCAGGUGGGUGUGAGCAGCAGAUGCUUGGAAACAGAGGUGAAUCUAGGAAAAGAUGGCCACCGCUCUGCUGCUCCUGCUUCAGCUGGUCUCACUGGCGUCUGCCUCACAUAACUUCGGGGGACCGCGUCCUUCAGCUACAAGGGAAGAAACCCUGAUGGAUCAUUCAGGGUGGACUUUCGAAACAAGGCGACCUUUGAUGGGUGUCGCAACUCCCAUUACUGGUCUGUUCCACCAACGACUGUGGCUCUGUCACCAAUUCACAGAGAGGCACAAUUGACCAAAGCACCAAUGCACCGCAAUCUAACAGACAAUGGUGUGAAACGGAAACAGUUCAGCAAAGAAAAGUCCUGACUGACAAACCUUUUCAGAUCAGGGCAAGUAGCUGUUGUUGGAUCCCAACACGUAACGGGGUUGGAAAUUGGAGACUUGUAACUCAAGUAGACUUGGGAUCAAGAUCCGACACUGGCAAACCAAACAGAUCCCCAGACAUUGCCAUUCUACCUUUCCUUCGAGUUCCCCAGAACUGCCCAAGGACCUACAAGCUGAUGUCCUUCGACCCUGAUGGCGACACAGUUCGCUGCAGAUAUGGAAAUAUCCGAAAUGUAGAGUGCAGCGGAUGUAAUCAACCUUCAGGCUUUGUCUUAGAUCAGGGUUCUUGCUCCUUACAUUACCGCAUCGCCAACGCCAACCCCAGUGUUUUUGGAUUUGAGUUGGUGGUGGAGGACUUCCCGCAAAGGCCCAUCGCUCUGUCCUACAGCGAUGGAACCCAAUCCCACAAGGCUCCACUGAUUCCCAGGAGGCGGAAACGAAGCUUCUACCAUACAACCGCGGCUUCAGCACCAACAACUGUAGCACCAACAACACACUCGUGGUGGUGGUGGCAUCAUUCAACUCCAGUACCAACCACUGUAGCACCAACAGCACACUCGUGGUGGUGGUGGCAUCAUUCAACUCCAGUACCAACCACUGUAGCACCAACAGCACACUCGUGGUGGUGGUGGCAUCAUUCAACUCCAGCACCAACAACUGUAGCACCAACACCACACUCGUGGUGGUGGUGGCAUCAUUCAACUCUAGCACCAACCACUACUGCAGCACCAACAACACACCCAUGGUGGUGGUGGCGUCAUCUUUCAACUGCAGCACCAACAACUGCAGCACCAACCACUGCAGUACCAACCACUACUGCAGCACCAACAACACACCCAUGGUGGUGGUGGUGGCAUCAUUCAACUGCAGCACCAACCACUGCAGCACCAACAACUGCAGCACCAACCACUUCAGUACCAACCACUGCAGCACCAACCACUGCAGUACCAACAACACACCCAUGGUGGUGGUGGCAUCAUUCAACUGUAGCACCAACAACUGCAGCACCAACAACUGCAGCACCAACCACUGCAGUACCAACCACUGCAGUACCAACCACUGCAGCACCAACAACACACCCAUGGUGGUGGUGGCAUCAUUCAACUGCAGCACCAACAACUGUAGCACCAACAACUGCAGCACCAACAACUGCAGCACCAACCACUGCAGUACCAACCACUGCAGCACCAACAACACACCCAUGGUGGUGGUGGCAUCAUUCAACUGCAGCACCAACAACUGCAGCACCAACAACAACAUACAACAUGCAUGCCACCACGCCUCCUCUCAGUAAACUGCCUUUGCAGUUCUCCUUACUUGUGGACCCACCUGCUCCCUCAUGUGUUGACGGACACUACUUGCCAAAGUUUGUGCACCCAACACCUGAAGAUGGACAACACAUCAAUGCCGAGGUCAACAGAGAAGUGGAGAUCAGAGUCAGAGCCCAGGCUUCACAUGCAACACUACAUGAUAUCAUCAUCAGUGGGCCACUGAAUAUCACCAAGCACAGGAGCACAAAUGGCGACUUUGUCAUUAGGUGGACGCCUGGCCCCGAUGACUUGGGGGAUCAUUACCCAAUCUGCUUUGCUGUUGAAUCAGUCGACCUCUCCUCUACCAUCCUGCCUCAAACCACAAUCUAUUACGGUCACCAUUACCACGUCCCCCAAUCUGCGCAGUCCGGCAUCUAUCAGUCCGAGAUGAGGUGCGUCCUGGUGAACAUCCAUGAAACACUAAUUGAAUCCCAUGUGACCUGCCAAGAGUCCUCAAUGACGGUAGUGGUUAGCAGAUCUUCUCUCCCUGGACUUCAUGAGGAUUAUUUACGCCUCAAUGACCCCAGCAACACGGCCUGCAACCUGCAGAACUACUCCAACAGCACGCACAUCAUCGCUGUCGUACCCCUCAACGCCUGCGGCACUCAGAUCGAGGAAGAUGAGGAGAACCUGGUUUUCAAAAAUGAAAUCACCACGGUGGACAACCUAAACAACCUGAUCACCAGGAACCACCUGCUGGAGAUCCAGUUCUACUGCCAGUACCCCAAACAUGGGAACGUGUCGCAGGGCUUCACAGCACACAGGAAGAAUGUCGUGGUGUGGGACAAAGGCUUCGGAAAGUUCACCUACGAGUUUGAGUUCUACCCAGACAACCAGUAUGGACGAAUGAUUGAUCCAGGGCUGUACCCCCUGGAGUACGAUGUGACGGAAAGGAUCUACAUGCAGAUAGAGGCCAAGUCUACCGUCAACAACACCCAGCUGUUUGUGGAAUCCUGCAGCGCAGCGCCAUAUGACACCCCCAACUACUGGCCAACAUACUCCAUCAUCGAGAAUGGGUGUACUGUGGACCGAACGGUUCAAGUGCAUCCCAGUGCCAACCCGAGAGAGUUCAGGUUCAGCAUGGAGGCCUUCCAGUUCAUCGGCAUGCACGACCAGGUGUACAUCAGCUGUUCAGUGCUGAUGUGUGAGGCAGGGAGCUCCGGCACCAGGUGUUCACAGGGGUGCAUCAACUCCCCCGUUUCUGGGCAUCAUCAUCACCGCAAGAGAGAGGCUAACGCUCAGACCGCCAGGCACUUCGUUUCCCAGGGUCCUCUGCGUAUGAAGCGAUCAGCGGAGAGCACCGGGAGCCCAGGGACCCCCCUGAAUCUGAACCUGGUGUUCAUCGUUGGAUGUCUUCUUGCAGCCGUUGGCAUGAUCAGUACAGUGACCCUGUACAAAAUCAAAGCAUCAAAGAUCAAAUACCAACCGCUGCCCUCAGUUGAAAACUAAGAAAAGCAGCUGGAUGAGAAUACCCAUUUUCUAUCGAUUGGAUUUGACAACAUAACCUUUUUUUUAAUGCUAUCAGAUAAUGAGUUUUCAUUUGUCCUUUAUGGGUUAUAAGUGGUGUUUAUUGUGUUGUAGUUAGUUUAGUGUAAUCCUAAAUAGCUUUAUAAGUGAUUAUUCUAUCAUGCCUUCCAUUGGGAUUUAAAGUUCACCGUGUAUCCAAUCAUUAAUGCUAAAUAGCAUUAUUACAAGGCAAAUGUUAUUUUUCCUCCUUAACCUAAGUCCUUUAAAUGAUCAAUAAAAACUCUCAUCUUUUUUGCUUUA